UUAUGCCAAGAGUGCAAUAAAAUAUCGAAAAAAGUUAUGGUGGAAGAAUUAUUUUGAUUCCCAAAGAGCAUCUGAUCAAAAGAAAGUGUGCGGCGUAAGCGCAUCAGUUGGAAUGAGUAGGCUGCGCUGGAAAUGAGGGCGGCAAAACGUGGCCAAAGGUGGAAUUCAACGUCUCGAUGUCGCGUCCCCGGUGGAUACACUGUAACGUUUGCUUUCAUCUGCAGUGGCCAAGGGACCGCACGUUCUAUCAACUAUCCUGUCGCCACGUUCUCUGUAAACUAUGCAUGUCCAAAACAAAGCGCGCUACGGUUUGUCCGAUAUGCCGCCAAUCCAUUCUGCGGUUCACCGAGUUGAGCAACGAAAAGAUGACUCGGAAAGACAAAAUGAUGUUCGAUGUGGCUGCUGUCGACGCACUUGACUGGCAGUCCCAGAGUUUAGCGUUCCAGCACAAGCAGCGGGAGCACCUGAUAGAGAAGAUUCUUCGCUGUCGCAAUGAACUGCCAAAGUUAAGCGAAAUGGAGGACGAAUUACGGAAACGAAUAGUCGAGGCGCAGCGACGCUACGAGAAGCUGCGGAAUUAUCGGCGUACUUUGCAGGAAAAUUUACGUCAAAUCUCACCGAGAUUUAACAACUCCGCUUUACCACCACCAUCCAGCCUACUAUCGACACCCGCUUCAGGGCAUCGGGCAGCGGCUAGCAAUCAUCCUUCCUUGCAAACCUCCACUAGCGGUGCGGCACAUUCAAAUCGGGGCAUCGAUUUGAGAUGUAGCCAACGGUCUUACGGAUCUUCAUCGCGGGUGUCUGUUUCGAAUGCUACCAGUAGAACGCACACGGAAACGCGAGCCAAGCUACAUGCGGGUAAUGAUUCCGGGAUAAGCACACAUACUCCACAAACUCGCGCCAACUUCACAGGGAACAGUGCUGGUAGGAGUAGUGGACCCACCAUCCUACCACCCGGUGGUCACCGAAGAUCACAACAGUUCCUGCAAACUCCGAAACGAUAGGUUAGGGGGAGCG